AUGUCCAAAGCACUUUUAAUUCCUGAAAUUAUUGAAAACUUUUUUAUUGCGGCUUAUCCAGAUGCUAUAACACAACGGUCGAUGGUACUCGUGAACCGUUCUUGGUGUUCAAUUGGCUUGAAACAUUUGUGGAAAUCACCAUUUGCAUCAUACUUAUAUGAUGAGAAAAAACCACCUAAUCAUAAAAUGAUUAUUUCGGUGUAUAUUUCUUUACUUGAUUCAGAAUCGAUUUCAGCUAUUGCAAAAAGAUUAUCAGCAGCAAUAUCAACUUGCCAAAAAUCGACUUACAAUUAUGCAACUUUCUUAGAAGAGCUUGAUAUUGAUAAUUUACGUGAAUUAGUUGAGAAUUGGCUUUUAAAUUUUGCUGAAGAUUGGUUACCAAAUUUCUUCCCUUAUGAAGAAUUUGAAGAUUUAUUUGAUGAACUUACCAUGUUGUUAUUAACACAAAUUUGCAAGCUUUUCUUAACUAAUUCUAAAAAAAUUACGCUUCUUUCCAUAAAACGACCCGAAUUUUUGGUCGAUAUUUGUACAUUUUGGGAUUAUGUAUUUAAUAAUUGUAGCAACAUUUCUACGCUUGAUCUUGAUCUGAGAAAUACAAACCAACAAGAACUUAUAAAAACAUUAUUGCCAGAAAUUAUUAAAAAGCAGCGAAAGUUAAAGAAAUUUGCAUUAGCCUCUAAUGUACAAGAUAUUUCGUCAGUUGUAUUGGCAUUAAAAGAACAUGUUAAUUCAUUAGAUGAACUUUGUCUUCUCGCAAACAUUGGAGAUCUCGUAGCUGUGGAAUCGCUUGAAUUGUUUACAAAUUUGCAAAGUUUAGAUAUUUUCAUUGAUUUAGAAAGUUCAACCAAAACAUACAAUCGUUUGAUACUUUCAACAAUAGCUAAAACUAGUUUUUCAAGACUUGAAGACAUGCGUAUUACGAUUUUGGGAUCUGAUUCUGCAUCUAUCAGAAACGAUUUAAAAAAAGUUACCGAAAUUUUUGGCCAUACUUUAAAAGAACUAAGUUUUUGUGAUCCGAAACCUUCACAAGGUGAUUUAACUAUUUUAGAUACAAUUAGAGAUGCUCCUCAUGCAAGAUAA